AUGAUUUUUAGGAUGUUUAACGACGACGCUCCGGUGGUUAACAUGAUCAAAAUUUACAAAUGGGAACCGCGAUUUCCGUACGUAGGUCAUAUAUCAAUGAAACUGUCGGAUAAUACUUACAUCAGUUUCUGGCCGCCUUUUACUUACUUUACAUUCGACCCUAAAUUUAACGGAAAAGAAACUUAUUUAAGUGAUGCGUUGAGUGAAGGAAGACGUGCCGAUGAAAUCAUCCAGAUACCAGCGAACAAAGAUACCCAAUCGAGAAUCAAACAAUUUUGGAAUCGAUAUCUUAAUGAAAAUACCUACGAUUUAUUGAGAAAUAAUUGUGCUACAGUUGUAAAGGAAGCUUUGCGUUACGGUUGGAAUUCCGAUAAAAAAACUAGUUUUUUUCAAAUAGUUGACACCCCUAAUUAUAUAUUUCAUUGGAGUGUAUCGCGUCGAUAUAUUGAAAAAUACAAAAGUACCUUUAGAACCGGCAAAAUUAGCGACUGUGGAAAGUAUUGCGGCCCUACCGCAAACGGCCCCACCAUUUCGUUCAGCAGCUUCAGACAGUCCUUCACUUCGAAUGUCAAUUACUUAAAGAGGAGGUUCAGCUCCGGGGAUUUGUCCUCGGAGUGCGAUGACGCAGAUGCUCCCGUGGAUCCAUAUUCCAAACCGCCACCGGUCACGUCGCAACCACAGGCACCUCCUCCUCCGCCACCAUCGCAAUCUAGUACCGCCGGGGAUUUGUCGUUAAACUUAAAACCGGGUUCUAAAACAACUUCUGCACCUAGUUCGCCGGCCAAAUCACGAGAGAGUCUCCUCCAAAGAGUACAGUCUCUUACUGGACAAGCUCGCGAUCAAGGAGCUUCUAUAUUGGGAGCGGCUGUUUCAAGCGCAACAAGAGUAACUUCUUCGGUAUCAGGAAGACACUUGACUCUCCUUGUUAUAGACGAUCAAAACACGGAUUGGAGUAAAUAUUUCAGAGGCAGGAAAAUCGGCGAAUACGACAUUCGAGUCGAACAAGCCGAAUUUAGGGAAAUCACGGUAACGGCGACAGCCGAGGGUGCCACUGUCUCAAUGGCAGUUAUUCGUGGAGGCACGAGAGUUGGAAGAUCUUUCCGGCCCGAUUUCCUGCUAGUGAGGCAAAAUUUGAAAGAUGCCGGAGAAGAUUACAGAAAAUUAUUACUAGCUCUGAAGUUUGGAGGAGUUCCAAGCAUUAAUAAUUUGACAUCGAUUUUCAAUUUCCAGGACAAACCUUGGGUAUUCGGCCAUUUGGUACAACUUCAAAGACGUUUAGGCAAAGAAAAUUUUCCGCUUAUCGAACAAACUUUCUACCCAGAUCAUCGGGAAAUGAUAACGGCUUCUCGAUUCCCAGUAGUUAUUAAAAUAGGUCAUGCUCAUGGAGGUCUCGGCAAGGUUAAAGUUGAUAACUUGAACGAUUUCCAAGAUAUGGCUAGCGUCGUAGCUGUUGCCAAUACCUAUUGUACUGUGGAGCCUUACAUCGAUUCAAAGUAUGACAUCCAUGUGCAAAAAAUUGGAACAAACUACAAAGCUUUCAUGAGAAAAUCUAUUUCAGGUUGUUGGAAAACAAACACUGGUUCAGCGAUGUUGGAACAAAUAUCGAUGCCAGAUAGGUACAAAAACUGGGUCGACGAUGUAUCCGAUUUAUUUGGAGGUUUGGAUAUUUGCGCUCUAGAGGUUGUAGUGGGUAAAGAUGGACGAGAAUACAUAAUUGAGGUAAAUGAUAGUGCCCUGACUCUCCUUGGCGAUACUCAAGAGGAAGACAGAAGACACAUAGCAGAUCUUGUAACUUCCAGAAUGCAGGCUAUUUGUAGACCUAGGACACCACCACCUCUUCCUGAAGAACCUCAGCCGCCUCCAGUAGGUCCUAGAGGAAUAUUAGGAAGCCUCAGUAGCCUUACGCAUUCUGACACGCCGCCGCCUAGCGCCGCUGCUUCGGACGCUCCUUCCUUGGGUAGCGGUGGUAGAAGAGACAGUCAAGCAUCUCAAUCAAGCACAAUAAGCAGUGCUCCUAGCACUGGACGUCUUCCAGAUCCUCCACCUCGACCAGGUUUUCAACGUCAAGGUAGCCAAUCCCAAACUCUCGCUGAGGAUACGGAAGAUACAAUGAAGAAUCUCAGAAAAACUUUUGCCGGCAUCUUCGGAGACAUGUAAAAAUUUAUCCAUUUAAAUCCACAUGUCGAUAAUUACCAAAUUUGUUUCUAUUGUUAGGACAGUUGAUCCAAGUAUCAGUCUACAAUCUCUUGGAAUAAAACGAAUGAUUAAUGGCAAUUUAUUUCAUUUAAUUUCAAUAAUAAAUAAUUGAAAUUUUUUGCUAUAAAUAUGUAUUGAAGGUAAGGGUUGAGGAAGAAUUUGAAGAGAUUGUUGAAUGAUUCGUUUAACUUGAAUUGUGGAGUUGGUGAAUUUUGCUGAGCAAUAUGUUGAUGUAUGUUAUUCACUGCCUUGGGCCAGGUGCCAACAGGUACCUCUUGUUAAGUUAUCAUUGUUGUUGAUCUGAAUGUAAAACAUUAAUUGAAUUUUUUUGAUGGUCGUUAAAGUUAUUAGCAAUAUUUUAAGUUGGUAAUGUUAACAAAAUUAAAUUUCCAUUAUAAAUAUAUUUUCCACGACAAUGGUGAAAUUUUACCAGAAAUUUCCCAUGUUACUCAUAAUGUACAGUUUGAAUAAAAUUUAUUCACCCAAGCUGUUAAAAGAUAAACUAAUUUAUAUUCUAGUUACGAUCUCAUCGAGAUUUCGUGAAUACAAGUCGCGUCUCAAGUAACCACAUUUCACUCUUACCAAACUUUGAAUUCUUAUUCGGUCGUACUAAAUGUAAAAUAAUCCAAAUUUUUGUAUUAUGUUCAAGUAGUGUUUAAAAAUAAAAUGACAAUAUUACUUGUGUGUCCUAAUAUUUCGAUCUACUCUCUAUGUCCUCUGUAAUCUAUAACAGAAAUUUUUCAAAAAAAAAAAAUAAAGAUAAAUAAAAUAUAAAGUAUGUUGUGUGCAUCGAUGGUUAUAUAUAUAUAUGGCAACGAAUUUUUGUUUAUAUAAUUCGAAAAUGGAUUAUCCAAAACCUUUGCUAAGUUAUGAAUACUUCGAUUUAAUAUUACUGAAAUAAAUCAAAACAAUCAAAAUAUCAAUUUUGAGGAUAACCUUUUCGAAUGUAUCCCUUUUAGUUAUGCAACCAGUAAUGUUAAACUAAAACGAUCUCUAACGUGGCUUUAUUCUCAGUGUAUUACGGUGAAUAUAUUAUAAAUCACAUGUUGUGAAUACACUGGAGCUCUGUCAAUAUGCCAAUAAGCUUUAAAAACUGUAACAAAUUAUUAUAUAUAGAUUUUACAUGAUACGUAGUUAUAGUUUUGUGGAAAGUAGCAAGAAAAUAUAUAAUAUAAUUACCUCCAUUUAAUUUCCUUUAGCAAUAUAGGGUUGUUUGGUGGAUGUAUAUGUAAUAGUACGGUCAGUUUAGACAUUCGAAGUUACAUAGAUCAAAAAAAUACAACUGAACAUAGAAUUUGAAUGUUCCCCAUCAUUUCCGUGUUUAGAAACAAUUUUAUCAAAGUCGUAGGUCAAAAAAAUGAGUUUUUCGCGAUUAUCAGCAAAACGGUAAGUUUUAUCAUAAAAAUACCUCAGACUAAAAUUGGAGAUCAUAAAAUUAUCUGCAAAAAACUUAUCAAUACUUUUUUUCCUACAAGCCAAUGUUUCUGAGAUAUAAUAAUUCAAAAAGUUGUGAGUAUUUGUAAGAAAUUUGACUGUUGACUGGUUGGAACUGUCAUCAAAUAAAUUAUCAAUUGAUGAAGUUCGACGAUGUUAAUAUGCAGCUUUGCUAUUUUCUUGUGCAAUUUUACUGAUUUUCAGCUUGAUGGGAAUUUAUGUAACUUCAUUCUUAUUAUUUGGGCUAAUUUGACCGGACUAUGAUUGGUUCUAAUAAAAUUUAAUAGUACAACCAAUUCAAAAUGUUGCUUCCGACAACAGGAGAAAUAAAUUUUUGUAAAAUUAUACCCAAAAAUACAAUGAAAACAUAAUCCAAAUCACUAUAAACGUGAUUUAAAUUCAACAAAACAACACUACUUGCAGAGACAUCUAUGAUAAUAAAAAUUAUCAAACAUGAGAAAAGAAAACUAUAAUAUCGAAUGACAUUGACAAUUGAAAUAUUAGAGAUUUGCCUGUUAUAAAAUUGAAAUGUAUUGUGGAUUUCAUUAAAGACAUAAAUAUUAAUCAUGUAUACUAAUUGGUAAAAGAGAAAAUAUUAUUAGGAUCAAUUAUAUAAUUGCAGGCUAUGGUUAGAUGCAGUUUGUACGGUAGGGUUUACCUCAAGUGAUUAAAUGUCGCCAUAUCAUUUUCUUCGUUUUUAAGGUAGUGAAAUCCUCUUCGUUAUCUCUACACUUAAUUUUUUAAAAUCAAUACAUAUUUUCGUAUUACAAAUAUUGUCUUUAUUAUUUGAAAUUGUAAAUUCAAUAACUUGUUAUAAUAUUUGUUAGUUGAUUAUUGUCAUAUAAUAAAAGUUGAUUAAGCUUAGUAUAUGAAAUUGGUAAAAUGUUGUUAAUGUCUUAAUUUUGAAUUAAUGAUGUUUAUGAGAAAACACCACCAGAAAAUGGAAUUAAAAAACAAUUAAACGAAUCAUUGUCUAAUGUAGUAAAUACUCGACCUGAAACCUCCAAGCAAAAAAAAACUUAUUACAGAGUGAAAAUAGUUUGAAAAACGGAUGUAGAAACAUUGAUGAGAACAAAAUUAAGAGAUUUUUGAAUGUUAUUACAGUACUUAGAUCAGUAAAACAUGUAAAAAAUGAAAUAUUAGUACUGAUUUCUAAACCUAAUGAUAAAAGUGACCUGAAUUGUAGCGGAUGAAAAAAUUGAGAAUAAACAAGUAAGUAGGUCAUAGGCUACAAGACUUGCAAUACUGUAUAAAUAUAAACCUGAUAAAUUUAUUAUUCAAACCUUAUUUUUAUUAGAAAGUGCAAUUAUGCAUUCGAAAGUGGCAACUACAAUUUUUUUGUAAAUUAUUAUUGUUAUGUGAAACAUAUGAUGGCUAAAAUUAAUAAUCAGUUUACGUGAAUUCACAUUUUAAUAUUUAUUUAUUUUCUUACACAAUAUUGAGAAAUUUUACUAAGACUAGGUGUAAUUUUACGAUUUUUCAAUAAAAAUCUUUCAAAAGAAAUUUAUUUAUUUUUUUUUUUGGUUAGUUUAACAUGUUUGGAGAUUAAAGAAAUUUGUUUCUGAUUUAGAAGAAGACAGGAUUUCAUGUAAAAAUAAAACCUGAAAUAAAACUUUUUCAUAAAUUCUUAUCACUUUGUUGUAGAGUGAAUAAAACAUUAAUUAUUUUUCAAAUUGAGCCCAAGUUAAUUGCAAAUCAAAUUUUCUAUUACCGAUUAUGGUGAGAUUACCAAAUAAAUUUCUAGCAGUGUGUGUAAAAACAUAAAAAAGAAAAUUUAUGCGAAUUAUCAUCUUGUUAGAAUUUAUAUAUUUGAAAUGAUAAUUGUAGUAACAUUUUUUAUGUUAUAUAAGUAAAAUAUAUCUAUAAAUGAUUAAUUAUUCUUGCCCACGAAUUUCAGUUGAGGAAGAAAAAAAAUAUUGAACUGUAAUUGUUAUUUUCACCGCAUUAUAUAAAUAUUUUUUGACUUGUAUAUUUAGAAAGGCACCUUAAUUUUAAGAGUGUAGUAUGAAAUUUUCUUCAUAAUAGCAAUAAAAUUAAAAGGUAUUUAUAUUAAGAUUUUUGUGAUUGUUUAAUUGGUUAUUUUUCAUUUAAACUUUAAUUGGCGUAUGGAGGUAACGGUAAUUGAGAUUGUAGUAGAUCAGCUUAUAUAAAAUUCAAUUUGCAAAUUGUAUAGUGUUACAUUGAUGGAUAUUGAAAUAAACGAUAAGAA